CUGACUGUCUGUCGCCUCGUAUUGAAUUUCAGCGCGGCGGCAGUCGGGUUUCUCUCCGGGAGAUCAGGUUCGAAACGCGGCCGCUGCCUCCCUCCGUCCCCCGCUCCUCCCGCCGUCACUGCCCCUCUCCUCCGUCCACAGAUCCGCACUUGGAGCGGAAGUUUCUCCGUGGAGCUGGUCCGCUGUUCGCGGUGCGCCCGGAGAGCCGGCGGCAUGAAGCGGCGAUAGGAGCGAAUAACCGAGAAGAGACGAGAGAAAGAGGGACAGCAGGGAGAAGGGAAUAAAGCAUCCGACUGAACGCGAACCAGGACGACGUCCAAGCUGAAUCCGUCGGGCCUGCUGACUAUGCCCCGGAGCCCCACCUCCAGUGAGGAUGAGAUGGCCCAGAGCUUUUCCGACUACUCAGACGACUGCGCCUCCGACAGCUCCCGCGAAGAGACCAUUUACGAGACGAUAAGGGCCACCGCCGAGCCAUCGCAGAGCCGCAUGGACGACAUUCACACCAACUCGUUUGUCGUCCGCGUGCUCAUCCCCGACCUGCAGCAGACGAAAUGCAUGCGGUUCAACCCGGAUGCGACGGUGUGGGUUGCCAAGCAGCGGAUCCUGUGUACGCUCAAUCAGAGCCUGAAAGACGUCCUCAACUACGGGCUUUUCCAGCCAGCCAGCAACGGGCGGGACGGCAAGUUCCUGGACGAAGAGCGCAUCCUGCGAGAGUACCCCCAGCCAAUCAGCAAGGGAGUCCCGUCUUUGGAGUUCCGCUACAAGAGCAGAGUCUACAGGCAGCCCAAUGUGGACGAGAAGCAGAUCGCCAAACUUCACACAAAGGCCAAUCUGAGGAAGUUCAUGGACCUCAUCCAGCAUAAUCAGGUGGACAAAGUGUCAAAGCUGUUGGAUAGAGGCUUCGAUCCCAACUACCAUGACAGUGACACUGGUGAGAGUCCGCUGACAUUUGCAGCUCAGCUGGACAGCGUGGUGGAGAUUAUCAAGGUGCUGAAGAACGGGGGAGCCCACCUGGACUUCAGAGCCAAAGACGGCAUGACUGCCCUCCACAAAGCGGCGCGCUCCAAGAACCAGGUCACGCUCACGACGCUGCUGGAGUUGGGAGCUUCACCAGACUACAAGGACAGUCGUGGUCUGACUCCUCUGUAUCACAGCGUGGUGGUGGGAGGUGACCCCGGCUGCUGCGAGCUCCUGCUCAACCACCACGCCUUCGUCUGCUGCCAGGACGAGAACGGCUGGCACGAAGUUCACCAGGCUUGCCGUCACGGCCAUGUGCAGCACCUGGAGCAUCUGCUGUUCUAUGGAGCAGACAUGAGCGCCCAGAACGCCUCGGGAAACGCUGCUCUACACAUCUGUGCCCUAUACAACCAGGAUAACUGUGCCAGAGUGCUGCUCGUUCGUGGAGCCGACAAAGAAGUGAAGAACUACAACAGCCAGAGUCCAUUUCAGGUCGCCAUUAUUGCUGGAAACUUUGAGCUAGCAGAACUCAUCAAGAACCACAAAGAGACAGAUAUAGUGCCUUUCCGCGAGGCCCCAGCCUACUCCAAACGCCGCCGGGGUCCGUCUUCUGGCAACGGCAGCGGAAACGACCAGUCCCCCUCCUCGUUGUCAGCGCCACGGGUCCUCCUGCGCUCCAACAGCGACAACAACCUAACAGUCAGUCAGUACCAGCAGCACGGUUCUUCUGGCAACUGGGCCCCCCAUCCGCAGCAGCACCAACACGCCCAGCCCCACCUGCACAGGGCCCCCCAGCAGGGUCACUCGCAGCCUGGCUCCUCAGCAUUACAUCGCAGCCUGUCACCCCAGCUGCUCCAGCAGAUGCCAAGCGGCAGCCCCAAUGGCAACGUGGUGGUGCGGACCAUGGGGAGGGGGGCACGGAGCCGGUCACCCUCCCUCAGCCGGCUGGGGGAGGAGGCCCGACGGGCUCUACCUUCACAGCGGCAGCCCAGCCCCAGCGGUCACGGCGAGGCUGUAGGCACCAGACGGAAGCUGUACAGCGCCGUCCCGGGCAGACACUUUGUAGUGGUUCGUCCUUACACCGCCCAGGCCGAGGGAGAGAUCAACCUCUACAAGAGCGACAGGGUGAAAGUUCUGAGCAUCGGAGAGGGGGGUUUCUGGGAGGGCAGCGCCCGCGGCCAGGUGGGCUGGUUUCCGGCCGACUGCGUGGAGGAGAUCCCGGCCAAGGCCAGCGACGAGCGGAGCUAUUCCCGAGCGGACCGCGCUGACAGGCGGAAGCUCUUCAGACACUACACUGUGGGCUCCUAUGACAGCUUCGACGCCUCCAGUGACUGCGUGGUGGACGAGAAGACGGUGGUGCUCCAGAAAAAGGAGAAUGAGGGGUUUGGCUUCGUCCUGCGAGGAGCUAAAGCGGACACGCCCAUUGAGGAGUUUACUCCCACACCUGCCUUCCCCGCCCUGCAGUACCUGGAGUCCGUGGACGAGGGAGGCGUGGCAUGGCAGGCGGGGCUCAGGACGGGGGACUUCCUCAUCGAGGUGAACCAGGAGAACGUGGUGAAGGUGGGCCACAGACAGGUGGUCAACAUGAUCCGCCAGGGAGGAAACCGGCUCCUGAUCAAGGUGGUGACGGUGAGCCGGAAUCUGGACCCCGAGGACACGGCACGCAAAAAAGCUCCUCCCCCACCAAAGCGAGCCCCCACCACAGCCCUGUCCAUGCGCUCCAAGUCGAUGACCUCCGAACUGGAGGAGCUCGUGGAUAAAGACAAAGUUGAAGAGAUGACGCACGCCCAGAAGACCUCGCCUGUUGAUAUGAAGAUCGCCACCAUCAAACCGCGCCCAUCCAGUCGCUGUUUGGUUACAGCGGCUGACAUGAAUUCCAUGUAUCACGACCGCCAGGGAGUAGCAGUGGUGCCACCCACUGUGCCGGGGGCCUUCCUGGGGAUACCUGAGAAGGGCACAAUGAAAAAGCAAAAGUCCAUAGGUACAUCGGAGGAUGAGAAACAGGGAUUCCUCACACCUCCCCUGCUCAAGUUCUCCCGCAGCCUCUCUAUGCCCGACACCUCAGAGGACAUCCCUCCUCCCCCGGCCAUUUCACCCCCAUCGCCACCUGCCUACAACUCCGCUGCUGGACCUACACCCAAGAGCUACGGUACCACGCGGCCCAGCUUCACCCAGAACUCACCCAAUGCAGUGACGACCAUCAGCCGAACCACCGACGUCGGUACGUUAAGGCGUGGCUAUUUCCGCCAGAGCUCGGAGCAGUUUGAGAGCACGCGCACUCGAGGGCGUACGCCAGUGCCGGAGAACCCUUACUCUGAGGUCGGCAAUAAGACGCUGUAUGUGCCGGCAAAACCAGCUAGAAGGAAGGGCAUGCUAGUAAAGCAGCCCAAUGUGGAGGACAGUCCCGAGAAAACAUGUCACAUGCCAGCAAGCCCCUCGGGCCCAGUUUCCAUGCCCACUACGCCUGUAGAACGAACGUGCUCCUCCAUCCCCAUCCCCACUAUCAUCGUUAAAGAGCCCUCCACCAGCAGCAGUGGCAAGAGCAGCCAGGGUAGCAGUAUGGAGAUCGAGCCCACCACCCCUGAACACCCACCUCUCACACCAACUGUUGGUGGAAGCGGGGGUUUGCGUCCUGAAGACCCUCUGUCUUUAAACAAUCCAUUUGCGGCAGCUAUUGCCGGGGCAGUACGGGACCGGGAGAAGAGGCUAGAGGCAAAAAAGCACUCAAUUGCCUUCCAGUCAAUAGACAUGGGGGAUGAUGACUUCAGUAGUCCCACUCCAACCCCUCGCCUUCGCCAGUCAAAGUCCAUCGACGAAGGCAUGUUCAGUAGCGAUGAGCGGCUUCGAAGGAUAUUGGCUCCCCCUCCUGCAGCAAAGCUUGGGCCCCCUGUUGGGGGUGGAAGUGGCAACAUGACAGAUUUCAACACUCCUGAGCCCAUAGUGGUGCGGGAGCCUUUAAACACCAGAACAGGCCAGUGUCCCAACCUGGACAGUCCUGUUAGUCUCCCAGCCAGUCCUCCUAAGAGCCACUACAGGGCCAAUGGGACCUACCUCCAUCCAGUCACCGGCAAGCCCUUGGACCCUAAUUCUCCAUUAGCUCUGGCCCUGGCAGCUCGUGACCGGGCCAUGAAGGAGCAACAAAACCAUCCUCAGAAUCAACCACAAAAUCCUCCUCAGGUUCAGCAACCCCCCAAGCAUGAAGCCCAGUCCCUCCCAAUUCAGCCAAGCCACAAACCAGACCUCAAUCAACCGCUGUUUAUUGACACCAAACUACGCUCUGGCAUCGAGACAAGUUUUGCUGCAAUCUCCACCGCCACCAUGGGGCGGCCUGGUCGAGGUGGCCUGCGGAGGCAGAUGACGGAGCAGAAGUAUGAGUCUGAUGGUGCACGGGAGGAAAGGCAGCAUCCGGCAGUUGAGGAGAGGAAAAGUGCGCCAGCGGACGUGGCAGACACAUCACAGCCAAAGUCAGCUGGGCUGCUGAUGGUACACACCACAGACGCAAGCAACAAGCUGAACAACCAAGAGGUGGAGGGGCAGGACAGCAACAGGCCAUCUGAGCUGAAGGACCCCAACCAACCCGACCCCCUCAAAGCUCCAACACUGUCCGCCAAUCCUCAGCCUCCCUCGUCACGUAGGAGGAGCAUCCCCUUGGGCGAGUCCAUGGAUGAACCAGUAAAGCUUCCCUUCCGCAUCCCUCCUCCUCCUCUGGCCUCAGUCGACAUUGAUGAGGACUUUGACUUCUCAGAGCCACUCCCCCCACCACUGGAGUUUGCCAACAGUAUUGACAUUCCCGAUGACCAGGCUAGUGCCAUUGCAGAGAUGCUUCAGCAACAGAGAAGGAAUGGGGCGCCUCCUCUACCCCCAUACCACGCUCACGCUCCACCACCUGUCACUGAUCACCACAAACGGGUGGCAAACAGCAUGCCCCCUUCAUAUCCUCCUCCUCCACCUGACCAGGAGUCCGGGGUGGGUGACUCGGGCAUAGAAGAGGUCGACAGCCGCAGUAGCGGGGAUCCUCAGCACAUGGAGACCACCAGCACCGUUUCCAGCAUCUCCACCCUUUCAUCAGAGGGAGGCUUCUGCGACAGCACGCUGGAGAGCCUCUACGCCACUGCAGACGGGCAUGCCUUCCUGGUGGAUCGUCCCCCUGUGCCACCCAAACCCAAGGGCAAGUCUGUGAUCAACAGAACAUCGCUUUAUCAUGACGCUCUCAUUGAAGAGCCCCCGGAGUCCUAUGGGUCACCGCCUCAGGCCCCUCCCCCUCCCCCUUCAUCCUCUGAAGCUCCUAGGACUCCUACUCAAAGGACAUCCAAGCUGUGGGGUGAUCAGCCCCCUGAGCUGCGCAGCCCCCCAUCCACACCAGACACCAAGAACACCGUUAUCACAGAGCUGAGCUCCAUUCUGCAGCAAAUGAAUCGCGACCGACCACCCAAACCAGGAGAGAGCCUCGACUCCCCCACGGGGACCAGGGGGCCCUUCGGAACAAGGCCUCCCACAGACGACUCAGGAAUGCGUAACAACGCCGCCGCAGCUGCCGCCCUCACCUCCACCCCUCCCAGCAGCCUCCCAUCCCAGACGCAUCCCUGCAGCCCGCCGGACUCCGCCUCCUCCCUCACGCCCUGCUCCUCGCUGCCGCCCUCCGUGUCGCCCACCCUCACCGACGUCUUCGGCCUGCCCACCCCUCCCAUGGGCAGCGGCGGCGGUUACAGCCUGAGCUCCUCGUGCGGCGGCAGCGGGAGCUCGCGCUCCCCGUCGCCGCUCACGCUGAUGCAGGCGGUGGCGGCCUCGGGCAAGCCCUUCGCCUCCAAACCCAUGGAGCUGUGGAGCAAGCACGACGUGGCGGACUGGCUCGAAAGCCUCAACCUGGGGGAGCACAGGGACGCUUUCCUGGACAAUGAGAUCGAGGGGGCCCAUCUGCCCUCCCUGCAAAAAGAGGACCUGAUAGACCUGGGCGUGACGAGGGUGGGCCACCGCAUGAACAUCGAGAGGGCCCUCAAGCUGCUGCAGGAUAGAUAAGCCCCAAGGAGACGAGGUGGCGACGUGUGGAGUCAGGGCCGGGGAGAGGGAGGCGUUGCCGAUCACUUUUACCAAUCUCUUCAUCAGACAUAAUCUCAAGUCGUGGAACUGGGUAGAAGUUUUGUCCAAGCUGAUGCUGCCUCUUGCUGUUUUCGUCCUCUCUCAUCCUCCGCCGCCCUCAUCUCAGUGCUCCGGUCUUGUCCGCCCUCUUCCUCCUUCCCGCCGCCCUGAGCAUCAGGGAAUCGUGGGAUGUCGGGCGGAACUGCAGAGAAUAGCUGCUGUGUCACAUCAAGGAGAGAGAAAGCAGAGGAGGCCAGUGUGAAGGACUGAGCAGGAAACAAACACUCUGGAACGGUGUGAACUCAAACACUGGAAAAAAAAUACUCGUCUGGAAGUUUAUUUCACAUCAAGACUCGUGCUCACCCAACUGCUUUGGAAUACUAAAGACUUUUUCCAUACACCCCAGUGCGGGUGCAUGAAAAACCAGCUGAGCUGGUCGUUGCUCCUUUUCUAUCUUUGCUAGAGUUUGUUCAGAGAAUAAUAUUUCUUCACUAGAGUCCUACCGGAGUUAUAUUUCUGGGUGCAUCUAAGGUUGUAGAGAAAAAUUUGAGAUAGACUCCAUUUUUUUUGCUUUUCACCUGUUUGUGUCAAAAUAAGAACAUUAGCUGACAUGUUUAAACGAAUAACCAUAUCUCAUGUCCGUGCACACACACACACACACACACACACACACACACACACGCUUCAUGCACAGUGCCGCACACUAACAAACGAGAAUACACACUGUCUUCACAGACAUGCACACCCUCAGCAUGUACACACACACCAAUACUGCGAUGGCCUUCUUCUCCUGAGAGAGAGCAAAGCGUGGAGAGAGGUGGUCACCAGAGGAGGAGCUCCGCUGUAGCAGGGGCCCCGGGGCCCCUCGCCAGUCUACACCCACCCGGUGUCCACCUCACCAUACAAGGGAAACCGAGGCGAGGACACGAGACGGACAGACAAACGUUGGACCAGAAAUAUUCUCACCUUGAAGUGGUUUUACCAGCCUGUCUGUCUGCAAAGGGCGUCCUUUUUCCCUUUUUCCUUCUACUGUUGUGUGUGUGUGUGUGUGUGUGUGUGUGCGUGUGUGUGCGUGCGUGCGUGCGUGCGUGCGUUAGGUUAGGCCAGUUUAGCUACUUCCAUAGAUCUCCCAUAUAGGCCACAGUAUAGAUAAACUACAACUGAUUCCAGAACAGUUGGGCCGCUGUGUGAAACAUCAGUAAAGCAGAAUGUGAUCACCUGCUGAUCUUUCUGACAGAAACUCACCUGAAAACAGCACAAAGUCAAGAUAUUUACUGUUUGAGCUCAUCAGCUUCAUU